AAACACAAUCACAAUGAUUUUUCCAAUUUUCUUGACAAUAGCUUUUGCUUUUCUAUAUAUGUAGAACAAAGCAAAUCUUCAAGGCAAAUCGAUAAAUUAUCGACUAAUAAACACAAUCACAAUGAUUUUUUCAAUUUUCUUGACAAUCUUUCUGACCGUUGUCAUCCCUUUGAUGAUGUUACCUAUUAUUAUCAUGAACAAGAACCGGAAACAAGGGAGACUACCUCCCGGGCCUAAAAAGCUUCCAGUGAUCGGAAAUCUUCAUCAGCUAGGUCAAUUCCCCCAUCAAUCACUCCGACGUCUUUCAAAAAAACAUAGCCCUCUCAUGUUUCUACAGCUCGGCUCUGUUCCAACUCUUCUAGUCUCAUCAGCAGCAAUAGCCAAAGAAAUUUUCAAGACGAGUGACCUGGUUUUCUCUAGCCGCCCGGCUAUGUUUGCUGCAAAUAAGUUAGGCUACAAGGGCUCAACCAUAACUUUUGCUCCCUAUGGAGAGUACUGGAGGAAAAUUAAGAAAAUAGCACUUGUAGAGCUGUUGAAUCCAAAGAGAGUUCAAUCUUUUGAAGCUGUCCGGGGACAAGAAGUUGCUCUUAUGAUUAAAGCCAUCGCAGAAUCUUCUGAUCAGGUUAAUCUGAGUGCACUCAUGCUUUUGCUAGCUAAUAAUGUUAUUCUUAGAGUUGUAUUUAGUAUGAAGGGCAAUAGUUAUCGCGAAGAGAAAGUGAAGAGUGAGUUUGGGGAAAUCCUUCAUGAAGCACAGGAUCUAUUAGGUAUGGUAAAUAUUGCCGAUUAUCUUCCAUGGAUGGGUUGGUAUAACAAGCUGAACGGAGUUGAGGCAAGAGUGGAAAAGAAUUUUAGUAAAUUGGAUAGUUUUAUUGGCAAGGCAAUCCAGGAGCACCGGGAGACCCCGAGGGGGUCUGGACCUGAUAAGCCUGAAGAUUUUAUUGAUGUAUUGCUUCAUGUUCAGACAUACCGAAAUCAAGAAAUUCGACUCACUGAUGAUCAGAUGAGAGCUGUUUUACUGGACAUAUUUAUAGUGGGAACAGAUACUUCUUCUGCAACAUUAGAAUGGAUAAUGUCAGAACUUAUGAAAAAUCCAUCAGUAAUGAGAAAAGCACAAGAAGAAGUGAGAGGUGUUGUCGAGCAAAACAGAGUAUUUGUACAAGAAAGCGAUCUUCCAAAACUCAAGUAUCUAAGGAUGCUUGUAAAAGAGGCCUUAAGACUCCACCCGCCAGCCCCAUUACUAGUCCCCCGGGAAACUACAGAAAAAUGCACUAUUGGUGGUUAUGAAAUUCCAGCUAAAACAAGGGUGUUCAUUAACGCUGCUGCAAUAUCUACGGAUCCCGAACUGUGGGAUGAUCCAGAGGAGUUCAAACCAGAGAGAUUCUUGAAUAGUUCGGUUGAUUUCAGAGGCCAGCACUUUGAGUUGUUACCAUUUUGGUCAGGCCGGAGGGGCUGUCCAGGUACUAAUUUCGCGUUGCUAAUAAUAGAGCUUGCACUUGCUAAUCUUUUGUUUAGCUUUGAUUGGGAACUGCCUGGUGGAAUGAAUGCUGAAGAUAUCGAUAUGGAAGAGGCUGUGGGCAUUACAGUCCAUAAGAAAACUCCUCUUUACCUUGUUGCUUCAUCAUUUGUGUAUACUUAACUUGUUAUUUUACUCAUAAGCGAAAAAAUUCAGGACUCCUUUUAAGUAAUCCCCCAAGGAAGAAAAUAAUCUGAUGGGAUCAGAAAGAGCAAUUCGGUCAAGAUAGUACAAACAAAUGCAAAAUAUGCGCUACAAGCAAGAAAGUAUGAUAUACUCGUUUCAAGAAUUCUAA